GGAAACCUGGAAGAUUUCUACCAUUUUCAUCAUAGCAAGACCUUCAAAAGAUCGACCUUGAGUAGCAGAGGCCCUCAUACCUUCCUCAGAAUGGACCCCCAGGUGAAAUGGCUACAACAACAAAAAGUGAAACGCAGGGUGAAGAGACAGGUGCGAAGCGACCCUCAGACCCUUUACUUCAACGACCCUAUUUGGUCCAACAUGUGGUACAUGCACUGUGGCGACAAGAACAGUCGCUGCCGAUCGGAAAUGAACGUCCAGGCGGCGUGGAAGCGGGGCUACACGGGAAAGAACGUGGUGGUCACCAUCCUGGACGACGGCAUAGAGAGGAAUCACCCAGACCUGGCUCCAAAUUAUGAUUCUUAUGCAAGUUAUGACGUCAACGGAAAUGAUUAUGACCCGUCUCCUCGAUAUGAUGCCAGCAAUGAAAAUAAACACGGCACACGCUGUGCGGGAGAAGUUGCCGCUUCAGCGAACAACUCGUACUGCAUCGUGGGCAUAGCGUACAAUGCAAAAAUAGGAGGCAUCCGCAUGCUGGACGGCGAUGUGACGGAUGUGGUUGAAGCCAAGUCCCUGGGCAUCCGACCCAACUACAUCGACAUUUACAGCGCCAGCUGGGGCCCGGAUGAUGACGGGAAGACAGUGGACGGGCCGGGCCGACUGGCUAAACAGGCUUUCGAGUACGGCAUUAAAAAGGGCCGCCAGGGCCUGGGCUCCAUUUUUGUCUGGGCCUCUGGGAAUGGAGGGAGAGAGGGGGACUAUUGCUCCUGUGAUGGCUACACCAACAGCAUCUAUACCAUCUCCGUAAGCAGCACCACCGAGAACGGCUACAAGCCCUGGUACCUGGAGGAGUGCGCCUCCACCCUGGCCACCACCUACAGCAGCGGGGCCUUCUACGAACGGAAAAUUGUCACCACGGAUUUGCGUCAGCGCUGCACUGAUGGCCACACGGGGACCUCAGUCUCAGCCCCCAUGGUGGCUGGCAUUAUCGCCUUGGCUCUAGAAGCAAAUAGCCAGUUAACCUGGAGAGACGUCCAGCACUUGCUAGUGAAGACGUCCCGGCCGGCCCACCUGAAGGCGAAUGACUGGAAAGUGAACGGAGCCGGGCACAAAGUUAGCCAUCUCUAUGGAUUUGGCUUGGUGGAUGCAGAAGCUAUUGUCCUGGAGGCAAAGAAGUGGAGAGCAGUGCCAUCGCAGCACGUGUGCAUAGCCACCUCGGACAAGAGGCCCAGGAGUAUUCCUAUAGUGCAGGUGCUGCGGACCACAGCCCUGACGAACGCCUGCGCUGACCACUCGGACCAGCGUGUGGUCCACUUGGAGCAUGUGGUGGUCCGCAUCUCCAUCUCCCACCCACGCCGGGGAGACCUCCAGAUCCACCUGAUUUCCCCCUCGGGAACCAAGUCCCAACUUCUGGCAAAGAGAUUGCUGGAUUUUUCAAAUGAAGGAUUUACAAACUGGGAAUUCAUGACCGUACACUGCUGGGGAGAAAAGGCUGAGGGGGAAUGGACGUUGGAAAUCCAAGACCUGCCGUCCCAGGUCCGCAACCCAGAAAAACAAGGGAAGUUGAAAGAAUGGACCCUCAUUCUGUAUGGCACAGCAGAGCACCCGUACCACACCUUCAGUUCCCAUCAGUCCCGCUCUCGCAUGCUGGAGCUCUCAGUCCCGGAGCCGGAGCCACCCAAGGCUGCUGGGCCGUCCAUGCAGGCGGAGAUUCCCGAGGAUGAAGAAGAUUACACAGCUCCUCCCACCCAAGGCUCUCCUAAUACUUUACAGACCAGUGUGUGCCAUCCGGAGUGUGGUGACAAAGGCUGCGACGGCCCCAACGCAGACCAGUGCCUGAACUGUGUGCACUUCAGCCUGGGAAGCGCCAAGACUGGCAGGAAGUGUGUGAGCGAGUGCCCCUUGGGCUACUUCGGGGACAAAGCAGCAAGGCGCUGUCGCAGAUGCCACAAGGGGUGUGAGACCUGCUCCAGCAGGAGCCCGACUCACUGCCUGUCUUGCCGCCGCGGGUUCUAUCAUCACCAGGAGAUGAGCACCUGUGUGACCGUCUGUCCUGCUGGGUUUUAUGCUGAUGAAAGUCAGAAACACUGCCUUAAAUGCCACCCAAGCUGCAAAAAGUGCACGGACGAACCCGAGAAAUGUUCUAUCUGCAAGGAAGGAUUCAGUCUUGCACGGGGCAGCUGCAUUCCAGACUGUGAACCAGGCACCUACUUUGAUUCUGAGCUGAUCCAGUGUACAGAAUGCCAUUCCACCUGCCGGACCUGUGUGGGGCCCAGCAAAGAAGAAUGUAUUCACUGUGCAAAAAACUUCUACUUCCAAGACUGGAAAUGUGUGCCAGCCUGCAGCGAGGGCUACUACCCUGAGGAGAUGCCCGGCUUUCCCCACAAAGUGUGUCGAAGGUGUGACGACAGCUGCCUGAGCUGCGAGGGCUCCAGCCGGAACUGCAGCAGAUGCAAGGCAGGCUUCAUGCAGCUGGGGACCUCGUGCAUCAGCAACCUCACGUGCAGCAACGCUGAUGAGACCUUCUGCGAGAUGGUGAAGUCCAACCGGCUCUGCGAACGGAAGCUCUUCAUCCAAUUCUGCUGCCGCACAUGUCUCCUGGCUGGGUAGAGGCACCGGCUGCCCGCAGAGGACAGGGCCCCUCCUGUCCAUCCAUCUGUCCAUCCACCUUCCUCCAGACUGUUGACCAGAGCCUGUUCCAGGGGCGGUGCCUCGCAUCUGACAGCUUUAUCUCCCUGGGGGCCAGGUCCUCCCUCAACACCUCCAGGCACCCAAGCUGGGGGGCAGGCCCUGAAGGAUGUGCUCCUAAAGCAGUGAUGGCUGUCCAGCUUGCUGCCUGCUGUCUCCUGGCAAGCUCAACAUGGUAACAACAUGAAUUCGGAGAAUCUACAGCUCCAGCUUCAGGUCCUAAGUUUACUGAAUCUUCAAGACCAAAGCAGAAAGCAAAGAUACUUGGCAUCUCGGAUCGCCCUCCUCCCGUGCUGUUGUGCGACUCGGGUGUAAAUCUUAGCAGACCAGCCAGCAGGACCCUGGGCUGUCCUCCUUCGUGAUCAAGGCUCCAGCAACCUCCCUGUGCAUUGCCUGCUGCCUGCCACUGAGCGGCCUGGGGGACCGAUCGGUCAGACUGUAAAUAAAAUAGAUUUCGGGGCAUAAAACACAUGACCACUGGGGAUGGAAUCAGUUUCUACGCAGCCAGCUCCUCUGGAAACUGCAGAAGCGUCUUAGAAAGUCCACUGCCAAACCCAGAUCGGAAGGUUCUCCCUGUUUCUGCAGCAUUCUCCUCUGAGGGAGCCGAGCUGUCCUCCUGUGUUCUGGAGUCUCCUGGGCCUGAACAACCACCUUGACCUGAUGCAGAACCUUCGGAGGAGGGUCCAAAGGCAGCUCUCGGGGCUACCCAAAAGAUGCCCUGAUCACAAGCAGUUCCUCUUAACAAAACGUAAAGCCAGCCCACGAGUCGUUGGUCAUCCAUCCCCUCCCAUUUUACAGAAUUGCUUUUACAACACAUGUGGCCUCCGUGCUUCAGGAGACUUGCUCUCAAGGUGGCUGUCCUGUGUCUAUGUAUAGUCUAAGCCUACGUGACACAGCUGGAUUUACUUCUGCCAAACCCGUGUAGGCAUUUUAUAAGCUACGUGUUCUAAUUUUUACCGACGUUAAUUAUUUUGACAAAUAUUUCAUAUAUUUUCAUUGAAAUGCACAGAUCUGCUCGAUCAAUUCCCGUCAAUAGGGGAGUAACAUUUGCCUUAAAUUUUCUCGACCUCGUCUCUCUCCAUAGUGUCCUGCUUCCCUCUUUGACUGUAAUGCGUUUGCCUUGUCACCUGUGAGCUGGACAGAGCCCAGCAGUUGUCUAUUGAAUCCACAACUCCGAGGAAGAAAUCAGCGAAGCAAAAACAAUGUUAACCCUAAAUUAAUAAAAGAGUUAACAUCCACGGCA